AUGGGCGUUGGAAACGGCUCUGACGGCGUACCCAACAUGCCCGAAAAGAGUCAAAUGGAUCCAAUCCACUUCGACAUUGAAGACGAUGGAGAGUCAACGAUGUCGCCAGGCUCCCCAGUCUCUUCGUUUUCGACUUUCACAGACUCACUUUCUUCAUCUCAGGCUUUCACUGUCUCUUCGGAAGCGGGAAGCACGUCGGACAUACGAUCGCGUAUUGGCAUCAACUCUGACGAAGUAAAUGUCAACUAUGUCCGUAUUCCAGACUUCUUCUCUUCGAUUAUGUCUGUGAAGCCCGUCAUCAACGUCAAUUACGAUAAAGUGAAAAGAGAGGCAGACAGUUGGAUUGCAACGAUCCUCAGUCUCAGUGAAGCUCAAGCCCGAAGAAACGUUCAAGCUAACUUCGCGUUCAUGAAUGCGAUGUGGGUCCCAUACGCGGAUGAAGAGGCAUAUCGAACGAUGAUCGAUUGGAACAAUUGGGUAUUUGCAUUUGAUGACCAAUUUGAUGAAGGCCAUCUGAAAAAUGACCCUAUCAAGGCAGUGGAGGAGCUGCAUGCCACUUUUGCGGUGUUAGAAGACAACCACGCCCCAGUCCAGCUUCAUGACAACCCAAUUAGAUAUGUUUUUCAAACUGUCUGGGAUCGGUUCAAAAAGUUUGCUAACGCGACCAUCAUAGAGUUGCAGGAACGUUAUAAAGCUUCCAUCAGAUACUACUUCUCCGGCCUGCUGAGUCAAGUUGGAGUUCAAAGCUCCAAGUCCGCCAUGGCUCUCACUGUCGAGGAGUACAUGGGCUUCCGAAGAGGAACUAUCGGAUGUCAGCCAUCUUAUGUGCUGGUUGAUGUCAAUGACAUCCUAUCAUAUCGCAAGGAUUUGGAACAGGGUGUACAGCACAACUUGAUCACAUUGUUGAAAUCUCAGGGGCACUCUACUCAGGAGGCCAUUGACGAGAUCGGAGACAUGAUCGAUGAAUGCUAUCGCGAUUGGUAUCUGGCUUUAUCGAAGAUGCCAAUCUGCGGAGAGAAGGUCGAUCAGGAGGUCAUUCGGUACCUCGAUGGCUGUCGUGAUGUCGCCCUUGGCAAUCUUCAUUGGAGUUACGAGAGCGGACGGUACCUAGGUGAUGAAGGCGCUUUAGUCAGACAAACACGAGUCUUGCGGUUACCCGAAGCCUAA